AUGUAUGCCGACAAAUUAUGUAUAGCUUGUUAUGGAGAUAAAAAAAUAUUUGGUAAAUUAAAAAGUUUUUUUAAAGAAGAUUUUUAUGAAUUAUCGGAUGUAAAAUUAAAUGAAAGAAUAGAUACAUUAAAUAUUAAUUUGAAAUACACAUUUUAUAAUGGUCCAAUAUUAGAAUAUUUUAAAAAUGAAGAAAAUUUAUUAUCCGAAAGAGCACUUAUUUAUAUUUAUUUUUUAUAUUUAAAUGAUUUAGAAGUGUAUAAAAAUGAAAAAAAAAAUUUAUUAAAGAGGUGGACUGAAGUAUUGAAUGAUGAAAAUGAAGAAUUUUUAAUUGUUUGCACUUAUAACUUAGUAGAUAAUAUAAAUGAAAUAAAAAAUAUAAAAAAAAUAAUUGAAAAAAUAAAAGCGGAUUUUAGUUAUAAUAGUUACAAAAGCAAUAAAAUUUUAAGUGUUCCCAUAUUUGAAAGUGAAAAUUAUGAUUCUAAUAAAAAAGUAAAAGAAUUGUAUGAUCAAUUUAAGCUACGAUAUUCCGAUCAAUUAAAAAUAUGUAUAGAAAAAAAGUACAAUAUAAUUAAAAAUGGAUAUAAUAAAUGCUUAACUAAUUUUUUUAGUUAUGUAGAUUUAAAAAAAAAAACAUUUUUAGAAAAGAAAAAAAAAAAAUUUCAUAUUUCGGAUACUUACGUAAAUAGUGAAGAUACUGAAAUUAAUGAAUUUAUAGAAUUUUAUAAAAAACAUAAUGUAUUCCUAUUUUGUGAUGAAUAUUUAGAUAUCAAAUUUUUUUUGGAUAAAAACAACUUAUCCUAUUAUAUAAAUUCACUUGAGUUUAUUACUGAUUAUGAUGAAAAAUUAUAUCUAGACAUAUAUAAUAAUUAUUUAUCACUAUUUAUAUGGAAUGAAAAUUUAUGCUUAUUGUACUUAAAAUUAAAAAUGUUUAAAAAAAGCUAUAUUUUAUAUAAUACCAUUGCAAAAUUAUUUAUAAAAAAUUUGAAUGUAUAUAUAAAAAAAAAAAAAUGUAUUAUACAUUCUUCUAUUUUAUUUGAAAAAAAUUAUUUAACAAUAGGAAAAUAUAUAAGAGAAAAAAAAAUUUGUUCUAUACAUUUAUUAGAAUAUAUAUUUUUUAAAAAAUUUACUAUCUUACUGUUUUUAAAUAAAUUUUCUUAUAUCUCAAGCAAAGCUUUAAAAUUUUCUCAGUUCUUUUAUACUAACAAAAUUUUUAUAUUUAUGCAUAACUUUGAUCGUUUUGAAGAUAAUUUAGACAAAAAUUCCACAGAUAUUAAUUGCUUAAAAAAUUUAAAAAAAAAAUUAAUAAAAUAUAAAAACAAAGGAAUAAAAAAAAAAAAUGAAAGAAAUCUUAAAAAUGGUGCAUCAUAUCAUACUAUCGAUAAGCAAAAAUACAAUUUAAGAAGUGGUGAGGUUGAAAACGAUAUAGAAUAUAAAAAAUUAAAUAAAUAUAAAAAGAUGGUUAUAAAUGAGUUGAAUACAAUUUUUAAUAAGAAGAAUACAAAUAUUGACAGAACAAUUCUGAUAGAAUCAAAAGAAAAAAAAAAAAAUACAGUAAAGGAGACUAUUAAGGAAAAAAAAGAUAGUAAUACUGAUAUUAAUCAAAUUAUAAAUAAUGAUGUGGAUACAUUUAAAAAUAAAAAUGAUAAAAUAAGAUUUAUACUAAAUUGUUGUUUCAUAAAUAAAGAAAGUUAUUUCUCAAUUUAUUUUUAUAAUUUGGCUAAUUUAAUAAAAUUUUUAUAUGAACAUAGAAGUUAUUUUUAUCAUGAAGAUAACAAAAAAAAUAAAUGUGAUAAAAAUAUAAAAAAAAAUACGAAUAUUAGUAGAUAUUUAUCGUUACAAAAAAAUAUUAUAAAAUUAGGAUAUAAAAAAAAUUUUACAAAAAAAAAAAAAUCCAAAAAAAAUCUGAAAAUAAAAACAAAGAAAAGUAAUUCAAUAAAUGACUCUUCAUCACAAAUUUCCUCUUCCUUAUCUGAAUUGUCUGAUUCUAAAAAUAGCAGUAAUCAUUUCCUGAAUAAUGAUUUUUAUAUAAAUGUUUCCAAUAUUUUUAAAUUAUCUUUUGUUAUUUUAAAAAAUAUAUUAAAUAUUUAUAACACAUAUUUAUCAAAUGAUGAAAUAUAUAUUAAAAAAAUUUUUUUUUUUAAUUUCUAUUCAAGUUACUUAGAGGAAAAAAGGUUCGAAAAAAAAAUAGAAAAAGCAGAUUUAGAAGAUCUUAAAAAUACAAAGAAAAAUGUUUAUUACAACUUCCCAAUUUACCACAUAAAAAAUUUUUCAAAAGAUAACGAAAAAAAAAAAAAUUCUUUGCUGAUGAACAUUAUGAAUAAAAUCAUUAAUUUGUGUCAUAGAAAAUAUAACAACGUUUCUAUAAUAAACAAAUUUUUUAUGGCUAUUUUAUUAUUUGAAAAUAAAAUUUAUAAGAAGUCUUUUAAAUUAUUAAAAAAAAUUAUUCAAAAAUCUAAUUUUGAUAUUCUUACUUUUUUGUGUAUGCAGCUCAUAUUAUUUCAUUGUGUAAAUAAUAAGUUUUACCAUUUUUGUUGCUCCUUUUUUUUAUCAAAUAGGUAUAUUAGAAUAUUACCGCUUAAAGAUGUGAAUAUUAAUUUUGCUCAUUUUCAGAAUUAUCAGUACUAUUUGUUUUCUAUAAACAACGAACAAUCAAUUCUAAAACUAGAAGAAGAAAAAAAAUAUGAAAAUUAUUUUUUUAAUUUGUUGGAAAAGAACUCAGUAACCUUUGAAUUGGUAAAAAAACAAGUAACUAAUAUCAUUGAACAAAAUAAAAUUAAAUCACACAUUAUAAAUAGAAAAGAAAUACACCAAAAAGAAAAUAAAGAAGUAAUAAGCAAAGAGAAAAAUAAUACUAAAAGUUUUAAUUCAGAAAUAAGUGAAAAAAUCAAUAUUCUUCCUAAAAUAAAUAUCAAUAAGUUAAUUAAAUUCGAAACAAAAAAAUUUUGUAAAGAUAAUUUCGUUUUUGAAAUAAAUCAUAAUUUUUUAAAGAGUUUAAAAAAAUUUAACUUUUCUGUUUCAAAAAAUGAAAAACAUAAUGAUAUUUAUAUACCAAAAUCACAUAUUAAAAUAUGUGUCCAAUCCAAUUACAACUUUUACAUUUUCGUAUCAAGCAUGAUUUUUGGUUGCGUUAAUAAAAAUGAAAAAAAUUCUCAUUAUUUGAAUGAAAAUCAAUGUAAAAAGGAAAGAAGUAAUUAUACUGAAUUUACAAAUAAAAGUAGUGAUUUGAAUAUUCAGCAUAUAGAAACACUUCUAAAUUUAAAAGUACGGGAAUAUAUUUAUAAAAAGAAAAAAAUAAUAAAAGGAUCGAGAAUUAAAAACUUAUUUGUUGAAUAUAAUGAAUACUUGGAUUUAUUUAUUUUUUCUUCAUUUACUCAAGACUCAUUUAUUGAUGAAAUAAUUAUUCAAUUGUGCAGUGAAAAGGAUAAUAAAAUUUUAUAUUUAACUUUUUGUAAAGACAAAUAUAUCAUUAAAAAUGGCCUAAACAUAAUAAAAUUAAACAUAACUAAUAUUCUUGAGUCAAAUAAAAUAAUGUGGAAAAAUUUUAAUUUUAAAAUUGAUUAUGUGUUUCUUAUAAUAAAUGAUUUUGCUUUUUAUCAGAAGAUAGGUAUCUUGCCUAAUGGAAAUUUACUAACUCCAUUUUUAAAUACUUAUAGCAAUUUUAUAAUUAAUAACAAUGUAUUGAUUGAUACAAAAAAAUAUACGAACUUCUUUUUAAAUCAACUUAUUUCUCCUCUUUAUAUUAAGAUAAAAACAUUGGAUUCAAUUUUAGACUGCAAAAUAAUUACAUCAUAUUUAAAUAGCACAUCUUUAAUAUACAAUAAUACAAAUUAUAUCAAAUUAAUUAUAAAAAAUAAUGAUAAAAAUAUUAAUUAUGAAAAUGCAAAUAUUGAUGAUGAAAGUGAAUUAAUUACAACAAAAAUAUAUAAUAAAAGAGAGAAUAAUGAUUUAAAAAAUAUAAAAAUUGUUGUAAAUAAUAAAAACGAUAUCUCUGAUGAAUCAUGUGAAAAUUUAAAUUUAGGAAAUUCAAUUAUUUUUUAUAUUGAAAAAAAUGAAGAUACUCAGAUUCAUAAUAUUAAGGUUUUAGAUGGAUUUUAUUUUAAUAGUGAAGAUAGAAAUUUUUUACAUACAAAAGACGAUAAUGAAAUUGAUAAAAAAAAUUGCUUAGAGAAAAAAGAUGAAAAUAAAAAUAAGAUAAAAUUAUAUGAAAAUUUAAAUGAAACAUAUGCAGUGAUAUCUUUUAUACCAAAAAAGGUUAAUAAUAAUAUAAAUGAUGAAAAUUAUAAAAAUUAUAAUAAUAAUAUAAACAGUGAAGAGGGUAAUAUCAAUGAUAAUAUGAAUAAUUAUAAUAUCAUAAAUAAUGAUAAUUAUACAAAUAGUACUGAUAAGUUGAAAAUGAGAUGCGUAUUAAAUAUAAAUUCACUUGAGAAAAAAAGAAAAGAAAGAAAAAGUGAUAUGUAUAAAUUGUCUUGUGUUAAUUAUAUAGGGAAAAUAAAAUUUAUUGAUUUUAUUAAUACAGAAGAUAUUUCCUCAAGAUCAUGCUUAAAUAGUCAAGUAAUUAUAGAAAAAACAUUUGAACUUGUAAAUAUUUUUAAGGAAAAAAUAAAUACAUACAGAUCAAAAAAUACCAUGUUGUAUGAAUUAAUAAUGAAAUUACAUAAUGAUAAUUAUUCCAUAUAUUUAAAAAACUUUAGUAUAUCAAUUUUAAAAAAAUCCAUUACACAAAUAAAAAAUGUGAAAAUUUUUUUUUUAAAUAAUGAAAGCAUUAGAGAAAAAAAAAUGGGAUGUGUCAUGAAUAAAAAUGAUGCUUUUGAUUUAAAUGACUCUAGUGAAAAUGAUGAAUAUAAAACAAGCGAAAUUUAUAUAAAUGAUUCAAAUGAAAAAUACAUGAAAAAAUCUGGUGAACUUUGUUUAAAUAAACAAAAUUCAACUUCUAGUAAUAACAAUUUAAGUUUUGAAGAAAAUUAUUUUUAUGAUGAAAUUAAUAUAAAUACUCAUAUAAAGGGAGGAAUGUCUAUUUUUUUACUUUUUGAAGUUCUAUAUCAUAACAUUGUCAAUGAGAAGAAUAAUCCGAAUAAAUGUUUGAAUUAUGAAAAUAUUAUUGGAGAUAUAAGCAUAAAAUAUGAAUACAAAAAUCAUUUUAUUUUGAAAACCUUAAAAGAUAAGAAAAAAGAAUGUAUUUAUAAAUUUAAUGUUUUAAUACCUCAAUUUUUACUACCUAUUAAUAUUCAUUAUGAUAUACCCAAAUGUGGUAUGCUUCAUUCCCCUUUAAAUAUCAAAAUAGUAAUAUCAAAUAAUAUCAAUGAAACUAUUUGUAUGAAGUAUUAUGUAUGCAUAGAUAAUGCUGAAAAAACGAAUAAUGAAAAUGAGUAUAGUUGGCUAAUAAAUGGAUUUAGGAAAAAAGUACUUUUUAUUUCAAAAAAUUCUUCAUAUACCAUCAAUUUAAAAAUAAUCCCUUUAAAGAUUGGUUUAAUUAAUUUCCCGCCUAUCUAUUAUUUUAUAAAAUUAAAUAAUAAGUGGAUUGAAAUAACGAAAAUUUUAAAAAAAAGUGAAAAUUUUCAAUUAAUUAUUUCCCCAUCUCUUCAUUUUGUUCCUAAAAUAUGGGAACUAAUAUAA